AUGGGUUACGCCAUCAACCCUUUGGCCUGCAUGAGCUUCGGCGGCAGCAAGUCCGGCAAGAAGAGCGCCGCGAAGAAGCCAGGGUCAGCACCCGCACCUGCGCCGGUCGCCACGACUGAUCAAGCAACAGCAGGAAACCAGAGCGCCGCCAAGAAGCCGGAAACAACACCGGCACCGGUCGCCGCGACCGAUCAAGCGACGGGGGGAAACCAGAGCGCCGACAAGAAGCCGGAAACAACACCGGCACCGGUCGCUGCGACUGAUCAAGCGACGGGGGGGAACCAGAGCGCCGCCAAGAAGCCGGAAACAACACCGGCACCGGUCGCUGCGAGUAAUCAAGCGACGGGGGGAAAGCAGAGCGCCGCCAAGAAGCUGCAACCAGCACCGGCGCCGGUCGCCACGACUGAUAAGGCGACGGCGGGAAACCAAAGCGCGGCCGUCGUUGGCGCGAAACGAGCGAAAGCAGCGGCAGGCAAACGUGGCAAAGCGGAGGCGGCACCGUACCGUGGCGGCUUUAUGCCGUAUCGCCCGCUGCAUAGCUACAACAUAGACCCCGUCGCCAAUUGCAUGUAUUUUUGGGGGAGCGUUGGCCAGAUUAUGUGCUAA